UAUGAUAUAUAUAUAUAUCUUCCCGGAAUAUACCCGUCAUGAUUUUGUGAAUUGUUAUUUGGAAACCGGAUGUUAUCGGUUUCUGAUAGUGAAGUCUGGGCUGGCACAUUACAACAAAGUUAAAUUUAGUACAUUAGCACAGUACAACCAUGGUUUUUUUCCCUGUACACAUGUAAUCUUUACAGUUUUGUACAGUUGUGUUUCACGUGUAGGCGAGCUAAGAAUUUCAGACCUUAUCCAAAAAUGAAUGACAAUAUCGCCACAACCCCAGAAGACUUGAAACUCCGCCUAGCCCAGUUGCUUGACCGCCUGAAGGAACCCAAUUGGAAGACAUUUGUGGCCAAAACACCAAAGAAUGUUUAUCAAUUUGCAAAAGGAGAGUUUGAAACCUUAAGGCUAGAAAUCUUGAAGACAAAUGGAAGUCCAACAUUGAAACUCAUUGAAAAACUUGGCAAGAAGAAAGUCCAAAUUUGUCAUUUUAUUGACAUCUUGGAGAGUCUGGAGAAAGAUGAGAACAUUAACAAAGCUUUAGACUUAUUUAUGGGAGAACCACCCUCUAUCAUUAUUCAACCUCCAGCAGAAAUACAACUUACAGUUGGUGACAAUGUAGUGGUACAUUGUGAAGCUGUGGGUAAACAACCUUUGCUAUACCAAUGGUUUAAAGAAAGACAGCAGCUCAAGGAUGAAACUAGCAAAGAACUUUCUUUAACAAAAGUCAAUCCAUUAAAUGAGGGCUUAUAUAUUUGUCGAGUGGCGAAUGUUCGAGGUUAUCAAUUUUCAAGGUGGAUUCGAGUUGUUGUAGAGAAACAACAAGAUGAAACUGUCAAGGGAAAUAAGGAGAAUAAGACCACUGUUCCUCCUGAGGAAAAUAGAGAACCAGGUGUUGGUGAUGAUGAUGGUAUAACAAAUUCUGAUUAUUGUGCUUCAGAUCCACAUUGCCAACCAUUUGUGACAGUUCAUCCACAAUCUGUCACCCUGUCUUAUGGUAGCUUGCUGUCACUGUCAUGUGAUUGUGACGGGGAUCCUAACCCGAGAUACCAGUGGUUAAAAGAUGAGGAAGAAAUACCAGGAGCAACGUCCAGGGACUUGGUGAUAUCUCAGGUUUCACAGGACCAUCAGGGAAUGUAUAUAUGUAGAGUAUCAAACAAUGCUGUUUCUGUUAACUCGCGAUGUGCAAAUGUCCGUAUAACAGAGGGGAAAGUACGAGCAACUUCUGCAAUGAAAAUCACAGAAAAAUCUCAAGAAGUUUGUGACAAAGUUGCAUUGCUCAUUGGCAAUAAGGAUUAUGACCAUUGUGACAAGCUAGGAAAGUUGUAUCACCCCACAAAUGAUGUUGCUGAUAUUGCAGGUGUCUUACGGAGCAUCGGGUUCAAGGUUAUUUCGCUGGUAAACCUACGACUGCAUGAGAUGCGUCGAGCUUUGCAAUUAUUUGCUAAACUCCUCGACCCAGGCGUCUAUGCGGUGUUCUAUUUUGCUGGUCACGGCUUCGAGACGAAUGGGAAGAGCUACCUGAUGCCAAUCGAUGCUGACGAGAAGUACGAUUGCUCUCAAAACCUGCCUGCCAACGAGGUGCUUCAGAUCUUGCAAGAAAGAGAAGCUAAACUUAAAGUUUUGCUACUCGAUUGCUGCAGAACAACUCCAGUAAAUCAAGAGGUGAAAGAUCCCAUCUCAUCAGGCGGUCUCAAUGCUGAACAGGAAAAUGUCGUGAUUGCUUUUGGAUGCUGUUCCCAAGGGCGGGUAUUCGAGCACCGUUUGAAGAAGAACGGGUAUUUUGCGAUGCAUCUUUUGGAACAUCUUGGACGAGAAAAAAAUGUCGAGCAAAUUUUAUUAGAUGUUGCUAAAGGCGUGCGAGAGGAACAGAUAUACGACAGCUUUACAGGUCACAUACAAAUGGUUUACCGCCACAGCAGUUUGGCGGAAAAUUGGUGUUUGUGUGAUGAGGUCAUUUCAAACGAAGAACGCUCGCUCCAGGCUCUUCAUUGGCAGAGAGGGCACGAGCUUCCAAAAAGCCCAGUGAUAAUCUACCGGAACGAUGAAGUCAUAGUCACGCUACGAUUUGAUGCUGAAUUUUCAAACAUGAUGUUUAUUCGAGCGCGCAUUGAUACCGAAGACGAUGAUGUUAUCUUACAACCUUUACAUUUUCAAAUUCCCCCGAACAAGACGAUAAACGGUAUCCGUGUGGAUGAAAUCAGUAAAGGUGAUAGGGAUAUGCCGGAGAAAUACACCGAAGAUGAAAGCAUUUUAAAGUUAUCCAAUCUCCAAAGACUUGAGGGUCAAUUAUGUCUGAAUUUAAAUGUGAGUUAUAUCACAAGCGAUGACGUGUUGAUUAAAGAAACCAUAAAGUACGAAUUCGACGAGAGACCGCUGUACGCUAGACUAGUAUAGAAUACUUUUUUCUGAAUUUCAGCAGGUAAAACCUGAUCAAAUUGACGUGAAUGUUGUAGCUAUAUCAUUUUUUCUUUUCCACCGUCAGUAAUUUAGUACCUCUAAGCCAUAAAAGUGAAAAAAGCUUUCAACUUCUCGAACACUCAAAGUUUUAUGCAUGUCUGUGAAAUUUUGUAA